GGGCCAUUGGGGCUGUAAUGGGUCAUGAAAUAAUGCAUUCCUUUGAUGACCAAGGAAGAAGAUACGACGAAUAUGGCAACGGAAAACAGUGGUGGUCGAAAGUAACACUGAAAAAGUAUUUAGAAAAAGUAAGAUGCAUUAUCGACCAAUAUCAUCAAUACUACUUGCCGGUGGAAGGAGUAAAUUAUCACGUCGAUGGUUACCUAACGCAAGGAGAAAACAUAGCUGAUAACGGUGGCGUGAGGGCAGCAUUUGAAGGAUACAGACAGCAUGCAAAAAAAUCCCCAAUCCAAAAUAAAUUACCAGGACUUAUGGAUCUUACGCCUGAUCAAUUGUUUUUUCUCGGAUACGCGCAGGUUUGGUGUGGUAAUGCAACUCCUAAGGCGGUAAAAGACAUGAUACUGGGGGAGACGCACAGUCCGAAUCGAAUAAGGGUGCUCGGCACCUUAUCAAAUUACGAAGAGUUCUCAAAAGCGUGGCAUUGUCCUGCCGAUUCGCCGAUGAAUCCUGUCAAGAAAUGUUCCUUAUGGUAA